GAAACCAAGCUUCGACUGGAUACAUACAUUUGCCUAGGCUUACUGUUAGGUAAAACAGUCUCCAAAUACAAAGUUUGCAACCACCGCUGUACACGCCCUGCGCCACUCGGCGGUAGGGCUAGAACGGCAAUUCCCGUGGGACUGUGCGGCAACCUCGCGAGAGCUGGCUUAAAUGCAGCGGCGGGAAGACGACAGCCGUGGCUACCCCAGCAGUUAGUUGAGAGGUGGACCUCUGAAACUAUGGCAGACAGCUACAGCUCCGACAACGAGCCAACGACGCGCACGCUGCUGCGGCGUGUGCUGGAUACAGAGUGCCCACGCACCCCGCGGCGACCCCGGAGUACUCGGGCUGGUGCCCGGAGAGCCCUGCUUGAAACACCUUUCUCUAUGAGGCUGAGGAGCCAAACAAAGACAACUUCUCGGCAGCCUUCCCAUAGAGCCAGGUCUGUUGGCAGAUUGGCCCACAUUCAAGCCAGUGGACACCUGAAGGAACAGACCCCCCGGACUCUGCUGGAGAACAUCCUACUAACUGCCCCAGAAUCUUCCAUGGUCAUGCCAGAGCCAGAGGUGAUGCCAGUGCCAGCACCGCAGGUGGUCCAGCCCUCCAGCUGGGAAAGCAGUCGGGGCAGCCUGGAACUGCAACUUCCUGAGCUUGAACCCCCCACAACCCUGGCUCCAGAUCUGCUGGCUCCUGGCAGGAGGAAGCAGAGGCUGAGAUUGUCAAUGUUUCAGCAAGGAAUGGACCAGGGGCUGCCUCUCUCCCAAGAGCUUCAUGGGAAAGCUGAUGCCUCCUCCCUCACCAGCUCCCUCAACCUGACCUUUGCCACACCUUUCCACCCACAAUCAGUGAAGAGGCCUGGUUUGGCCCGCAGACCUCCUACACGCCGAGCUGUAGAUGUGGGUGUAUUUUUGAAGGAUCUGCAAGAUACUUCUAUGGCCUUGGCUGCUCCAGGUGAUAGCCUCAGAACCCCUGUUGCUACCCUACCAACGAACACUGCAUUGGAGGACACCCAGCCUUUCUCCCAGCCUUUGAUUGGCCAUUCCCCCAGUGUGCACCACUCCCUGACCUGCCCCUCUUUCUCUGCUGAGAGGGCUGUCAGUUGGAGGACACAUCGCAGUAGGCCUGGGCUACAGAACAACAGUCCUGGGAAACCAGCCCAGCUUCUGGCAGGAAAGGCAAAGGAGGUUGAUGCUCUUGGUAUGGGUUUCCUAAACACUAGCAAUAAUAUCUCUGGAGAAGAUGGACUAGAGCCCUUACACGAUGGAGUUGGUGAGGAGGUAGAGGAAAUGAUGGAAGAAUGCUUGAGCAUGAGCGAAGUGAAGGAGGCAGCAGUGGCACAAGGAUCUCUCAGAGCAGAAGAGCCUGAGAGACACACAGAAGUGAUGAAAUCAGAGGGAUCCCAGGGGACUAUUGAGGCCAAGGAACCAAAAAGAUCUUCAGGGGAUAAGGACACCUCUGGUAGAGCAGCAAGUCCAGAGUUGGCCUGCAGCACGCCAGAGUUUCCUCAGGCCAGGCAACUUCAUUUUCUUGAGCCAGCUCGACCCACAAGCACUGCAAUUUUAUCUUCAGAGCCUCUGGAGCCUCUAUCAGCUAGGCUUCCUCCCAGGGCCCGAACUGCUGGCCCCAGAAUCCGUCAAGAUCCCUAUAAGACUGGACUGAGCCACUAUGCUAAGCUCUUCAGCUUCUAUGCUAAGAUGUCCAUGGAGAAGAAGGCUGUUGAGAUGGUGGAGAAGUGCCUGGAUAAAUAUUUCCAACAUCUGUGUGAUGACCUGGAGGUAUUUGCUGCUCAUGCUGGCCGCAAGACUGUGAAGCUAGAGGACCUGGAGCUGCUGAUGCGACGGCAGGGCCUGGUCACUGACCAAGUCUCCCUGCACGUGCUUGUGGAGCGGCACCUGCCCCUGGAGUACCGGCAGCUGCUAAUCCCUUGUGCGUUCAGUGGCAACUCUGUCUUCCCUGCUCAGUAGUGGUCAGCCCUUGACAACUGCCUUGACCUCACCAGGGGCCCCUUGGCACCACAUAUUCUUCCAGUUCUCCUCCCCACCCCCAUCAUCAAUAAAGUGUCACAAACAGAA